AUGUGGUUUUCUCAAAAUUUGGCACAUUAUAUUCGGCAUUUAGCAUCAUACUACCAAAUUGAUGCACAUGCCAUGGUGUUGGCUAUUAUAAAUGGUGUAGCUACCACAUGUCGUUCCACAUAUGUCAAUCGUGCUUCUCAUUUUCUAGUACCAUGCAACUUAUACAAUCUCGUGGUUGCUCGUUCAGGUUAUAGCAAAUCAAACAUAUUAGAUCUGGCGGCCUUAAUAGGGGAAACAGCUGCAAUUUAUUUUCAUCAAUUCGAAGAUAAUAAAGAAGUAGAUGAGUCAAGUGAAGAAAAUACUUCUGAACAAUCAGGAUCAUCUACUGCAGCAAGAACAACAUCAACAAAAAAUUUAUUGAAUUCAAAAAAUCUUCGGCGAAAUCCCACAAGAGUGGCUUUCAACGAUGGAACACCAGCUGGUAUUUUGAAUAAUUUAAAACAAUGUGCAAGAACGAUGCACUUACACGAAGCUGAUGUCAGCUUGAAAUCAUUUGGAUUAUUGUUACCAUCUCCAUCUGAUAUUACACCAACAAAAGGUGCGUCUACUGGUGAUUUAAUUGCUGCUGAAUUAGUUAGACAAGCAGCAUCAUUAUCAGCUGAUGCUCUAUUUGAACGUUUUAUUCUUUGGCCUCUGGAUGGUGAACCAAUUCCAAAUGAGCAAUGUAUUAUGUCAAUUGACUAUUCUCAAUAUUGUUCAUUGAAACAAUUUGCAGUUUUAUGCGGGUUUUUUGCUGAUCUCCUCCUUGAAUUAGCACGAGAUGGAAAAAAUAUUUUGGCUAAUCAAGCAUAUUAA